UGGCAAGCAAAAUUACUUAUGUAUGUAAAUUGGUGGUAAAUUUUUAAACGUUGCUUUAGUCUUGAACUUACAGUUACGCCCGGGUAAACAUCGCUUGUUUUACCUGCAUUCCAAUGUAAUCCUAAUACGUCGCUAUUAACGACGUUGGCGCGGCGGAGUUUUAAGGAUCGUUUGAUAAGCAGGUCAAAGCGAUACUUACUUACGGGGCUGUACGACAUUGUUUUGGUUGAGAGGGUCUCUUUUUCCGUUGUUGUGGCGUUAAACAGCGCGUGGAUCAAGUACCGGCGUGUAUACCAAGAAUUUUAAUGCGUUUGGUAGGAGAGAUGGGUGCGCACUUAUAUAAGUCACAAAGCAACCAGAUUUUUCAAGUAGUCGGUGGGAUUUACUGAGCUGACCAGCUGACCAUUCGAGAGAAUAAGAUAAAACGUAAUAGAAGAAAAAUCGAUGGUUAUUUCGUUUGAGACAGCUAAAAGACACCUAGGAAAGGAAAAUCGACGACGUGAAUGACGCUAUCGAUUAGAAUGGAAAAGCGACGUUCAACAAUUUGGAUUUUACGUUUCUUUUAUUUCGCGAUUUUCAUUAAUUUAGUGACCGCUAAAAGUGAAUAUACGAAAUUGUUUGAACGGUGCACGAAAGAGAAGAACACUUUUGACUGCUUCAAGCGGCGUGCCUUGGAGAUCCUUGAUGCGGCGAUCUAUGAUAACUCUGUAUAUAAGAUCAACGACUACAUUUCAAUCACCAAAGAUGCAGCAUCAACCGCGAGAAAUUUCAAUUCGAUGACAUCUGAAAAUAAUACAGAGUUAAGUCUUGAUCAGAAAUUGGAUAAUAAGUUUUACGAAUUUCUAUCAUCGAGAAGCGUGAAACUGACAAUACCGGGCAAUGCUUUUGAAGGGAGAAAGAAGAAGGGUAAGGGCUAUGGAUAUUUACUAAUAGCAGGUGCCGUGUUAGCAGGCAUGAUGGCGCAAUUAGCGUAUGGAAAAAUAGCUUUUCUCGCCGGUACGGCCUUGCUGACAGCGAAAAUGGCCUUAGUUUUAAGCGCGAUAGUCGGCUUGAAAAAGCUCGCAUCAAGCGGAGGAGGUGGUCAUGAAGUAAUCUAUGCGACAGCAUCCGAACAUCAUGGAGGUGGUGGUGGUGGAGGAUACGGUGGCUGGCAACGAGCAAUGGAAGUUGUUCCACCAACUUGA